AUGACUCGGCAUUCCGUCCUUCCCUCCCCCUCCCCGCCCUGCGGCCCGCUGUCCCCCCGCCCACCCAGCGCCGGGCAGACAGCGGACCCUCCCUCCCCGCCGGGAUGCUGUCCCGGCCCCUCCCCAAGCGCGAGAGAUGCCUGCUGGGUUUGCGAGAGAACUAGGGCGGGAGGCGGCUUAAAGGACAAGCCAAAGGGGCUGCGCGGCGGCGCCCCUGUCACCCGAGCCCCGGCGCCGGGAGAGCGCCUCCAGCCGAGACGUCGCGGCCCCGCAGCCCCCUCCCCUCCUACCGCCGGGCCACACCUGUUACUGGGGCGCCGCCUGCGUGGAUGCAAGCCGUGUCCGCAGGCGGGCCCUCCCAAACCGUGGGGCUUUCUGGAAGGGAGAAGGGGUCUCUUGGGAGAAGGACGCGACCUGGGCUGGGCGCUGGGCAGUCCCGGCGGCGCGCACCAAGCCGGCAGCCAGCCCUCCCACCGCAGCCCCCGCCGCCAGCCCGCCCGUUUUGCUCUCGAUUCCAGCAUCCGCCCUCCCCCACCCCGGGGACCAGGGCCCCUGCCUGCGCCCCGCCGCCGGGGACACCCUCCCCUCCGGCCGGGCCGCGCCAGCCGCGCCCCCUCCCGGGUGCCCCUUCCGCCUUUCUCUUCUUUGCUCCAUCCCUCCCCUCCCCCGCCGGUGCAGCCCCAGUCCGGGCUGCAUCCCGGGUGUCGGCUCCAGCCCGGGCGAGUGGAAGAUCGCGGAAACGGGGAGGGUUUAUCGAGAUGCUGCCAGCUGCCUGCGUCCUCCCCGCAGCGACCCCGCCUGCGCCAGACCAGCGUCCCCCUGCAGCCGGGGCCGCAACCAAAGUGCCUCUCCAGAAGGCUGUGCCUCGCUGCGCAAGAAGGGCGGACACCCCUGAAUUUGCCCCAUUGUUCUCCGCAGGGACGGGGGAGGGUCGGGGGAAGUGAAGGGGCCGCGCCAAGGGCUCCGGGCGCGAGCUCCCCGCCCGGGGAGCGCUGGACGCAGGUGCGGGAUGCGGCCCCGGGGCCCGGCGAGCCGCGGCCCUACCUCUCCGGCGUCACUGGCGGCGGCGGCGCGGCAUGA